CAGCAGGCGGGCGGGCGGGCGGGCAGGGCGGCGGGAUCCGACGUGGGCGCUGGACCGGGCUGCCUGAGCCCCAUUGACUGAACCCCGCCCGCGCGGCCCGGCUCCUGGCCAGCAGAGACCCCGCGGGCAGCCGGCAGCGGCGCAGGCAGCAUGGGGAACCGGGAGAUGGAGGAGCUGAUCCCGCUGGUGAACCGCCUGCAGGACGCCUUCUCGGCGCUGGGGCAGAGCUGCCUGCUGGAGCUGCCGCAGAUCGCCGUGGUGGGCGGCCAGAGCGCCGGCAAGAGCUCGGUGCUGGAGAACUUCGUGGGCAGAGACUUUCUCCCUCGAGGAUCAGGCAUCGUGACAAGACGGCCUCUUGUACUACAGCUUGUUACUUCCAAAGCAGAAUAUGCUGAAUUUCUACAUUGCAAAGGAAAAAAAUUUACAGAUUUUGGUGAAGUUCGCCAUGAGAUUGAAGCAGAGACAGACCGAGUGACCGGCAUGAAUAAGGGCAUCUCCUCCAUACCCAUUAACCUACGAGUCUAUUCCCCACACGUGUUAAAUCUCACCUUGAUCGACCUGCCUGGGAUUACUAAGGUGCCCGUGGGAGACCAGCCGGUGGAUAUUGAGCAUCAGAUCAGGGAAAUGAUCAUGCAGUUCAUCACGCGGGAAAACUGUCUGAUUCUGGCUGUCACCCCAGCCAACACCGACCUUGCGAACUCAGAUGCGCUAAAGCUGGCUAAAGAUGUGGACCCUCAAGGUCUGAGAACCAUUGGCGUCAUCACCAAACUGGACCUCAUGGAUGAGGGAACGGAUGCCAGGGACAUUCUAGAGAAUAAGCUGCUGCCUCUUCGCAGGGGUUACGUGGGGGUGGUGAACAGAAGCCAAAAGGACAUUGAUGGGAAGAAGGACAUCAAGGCCGCCAUGCUGGCGGAGAGGAAAUUUUUCCUCUCACACCCGGCUUACAGACAUAUUGCCGACCGGAUGGGGACCCCGCACCUACAGAAGGUCCUUAAUCAGCAACUCACCAACCACAUUCGAGACACCUUGCCGAACUUCAGAAACAAACUGCAGGCCCAGAUGCUCUCCAUAGAACACGAAGUUGAGGCCUACAAGAACUUCAAGCCCGAGGACCCCACCAGGAAGACCAAAGCCCUGCUGCAGAUGGUCCAGCAGUUUGCCGUGGACUUUGAGAAGAGAAUUGAGGGCUCAGGCGAUCAAGUAGAUACCCUGGAGCUCUCAGGGGGUGCGAAGAUCAAUCGCAUCUUCCACGAACGCUUUCCUUUCGAGAUAGUAAAGAUGGAGUUCAACGAGAAGGAACUGCGAAGAGAAAUAAGUUACGCCAUCAAAAACAUACACGGCAUCAGGACAGGGCUGUUUACUCCAGACAUGGCGUUUGAAGCAAUAGUCAAAAAGCAAAUUGUGAAGCUGAAAGGGCCUUCCUUGAAGAGUGUAGAUCUGGUAAUGCAAGAAUUAAUCAACACCGUCAAGAAGUGUACCAAAAAACUGGCAAACUUCCCCAGGCUGUGCGAGGAAACGGAGCGGAUUGUGGCAAACCACAUUCGGGAGCGGGAAGGGAAGACCAAGGAUCAGGUACUACUGUUGAUUGACAUCCAAGUCUCCUACAUCAACACCAACCACGAGGAUUUCAUUGGCUUCGCAAAUGCUCAGCAGAGGAGCAGUCAGGUUCACAAGAAAAACACAAUUGGAAAUCAGGGAACCAAUCUUCCGCCUUCAAGGCAAAUUGUGAUUCGCAAGGGCUGGCUCACCAUCAGCAACAUCGGCAUCAUGAAAGGAGGCUCCAAGGGAUACUGGUUUGUCCUGACUGCAGAAAGCCUGUCCUGGUAUAAAGAUGACGAGGAAAAAGAAAAGAAGUAUAUGCUUCCCUUGGACAACCUGAAAGUUAGAGAUGUGGAAAAAAGCUUUAUGUCCAGCAAGCACAUCUUUGCCAUCUUUAACACAGAACAAAGGAAUGUAUACAAAGACUAUCGCUUCCUUGAGCUGGCCUGUGAUUCGCAGGAGGACGUGGACAGCUGGAAGGCCUCUCUGCUAAGGGCUGGCGUCUAUCCCGACAAAUCUUUAGGGAACAGCAAAACUGAAAAUGAUGAGAACGGCCAAGCAGAAAACUUUUCCCUGGACCCCCAACUGGAGAGGCAGGUGGAGACCAUUCGCAACCUGGUGGACUCCUACAUGUCCAUCAUCAACAAAUGUAUCCGAGAUCUCAUUCCAAAGACAAUAAUGCACCUGAUGAUCAAUAACGUGAAGGAUUUUAUAAACUCGGAGCUCCUAGCACAGUUGUACUCCUCGGAGGACCAGAACACUCUGAUGGAGGAGUCCGCGGAGCAGGCCCAGCGCCGGGAUGAAAUGCUUCACAUGUACCAGGCCCUUAAAGAAGCCCUCGUGAUCAUCGGCGACAUCAACACGGCCACCACGUUCAUCCCUGCCCCGCCGCCCGUGGACGACUCCUGGAUACAGCACACUCGCAGGUCGCCCCCUCCGAGCCCCACCACCCAAAGGAGGCCGACACUGAGCACCCCCCUGGCCCGGCCUGGUUCCGGCCGAGGGCCCCCUCCUGCCAUCCCGUCCCCGGGACCCCACUCGGGGGCUCCCCCAGUUCCAUUCCGGCCGGGCCCGUUGCCGCCCUUCCCCAACAGCAAUGACACGUACGGAGCCCCUCCGCAGGUCCCCUCCCGGCCCACCAGGGCCCCUCCCAGUGUCCCCAGCCGGAGACCACCCCCAUCACCAACUCGUCCCACUAUAAUCCGUCCACUAGAAUCCUUAUUAGACUAAACGGAGUGUCUGGCAUGGCAGUUAAUUACUAACGAAUUGUAUGAAAGCAACAUAUUUGAUAACCAUUGCAGUAAAUCAUGAGUAGUCGCAUGUGUGGACAUCAGUAGACAAGUAACCAGUUUUACUAAUGCAUCUGUCACUCAUCUGCAUUGCUCAUGGUAUGUCAAACCAUUGGGGUUUGACUCUUGGAAACUGCUGACCCUUCGAGCCUUCCUAUGUUGUAUCGACCAAGGUAGGUUUGUAUGGCAGCCCUGUACCUUGGGGACAAUAUGCCUACACUGGCAUAUAUUUGAAAUUUCUUUGAACAAGAAAUUUCCCAGGUUACUUUCCAGAUAGCCCAUUAAAUAUAAUUCUUAAGAGAGAUCAGAUGGUGGGCUUAGACCUAAGCCAUACACAUUUAUUGUGCCACGUUCUGUUUUGGCUGACAGAAAUGGUAUUGUUUAGUAAUGUUUCUAUCUACUCCAUAAUUACCUUUUUAGAUCCAUCCCUUCCUCUUUAUUUCAUAAGACUGCUGGGAAGUGAUUUUUUUUUUUAAUUGGGAUUUCUUAAGAAUAAAGCUUUUCCAGAAGCGUGAGGUCAUUCUCAAAGGAAAAGUUACUGCCUUGGUUGCUCCAGAGGGCUUCCCCUCAUGCCAGUGUGUUUGGUUUCAUGCUAGAAGCACAUUCAGCAGUCAGCGACUCAGAGCUUGUUUUUCUGUAGGCAGUCAAUAGAUUUUACUAGAAUUCAGGAAGAAGCAAAAUAUCACAUCUCUACGAACAUCUGGAAAAUGUAUUUUCUUUAUUCAUUUAUAUAAUCACUUCCUCCUAGGUCACAGUGAGGCAGACAUGGAAAAUAUCUUUUUCUUUUUCUUUUCUUUUUUUUUUUCAGAUUCAUCUAAUUUUAGGCAUUGCUGAUUACACUUUGACACUAACUCCAGUUGAUUUACUUAUUAUGUUGGUUGGUGCAAAAAUAUUCCUGUUGAUAUGUAAUUCUCUUACGUAAAAAUGUAUCCCACCUUUAAAACAAACUUAAAGCAACUUUCUAUCCAUUCUAGGCUUUCUUCACAAAUGGUGAGCCUCACUAUGGGAUAACCAUAUUUAAGGAGUGGAACCUGGAAUAAAAUGAAAAGUCACUUAGACAACUUCAGAGUCUUUAUCCAGGUCAUUCCAGAAAAUGGCAUUAAGACAUUGAGAUUCAAAGCAAAUGGGCAAAUUGAAACGUUUCUGAAAUUUACAAGGGUCCUUUCACCUGGGGGUUAAUAGUUCAGUCUCGAGGCAGAGUUUCGAUGACCUAGGACCAGAUGAUUAGCACAUAGGAAACGGCCAGAAGCCAACUGGAAUUUUGUCUGCUAACUGUUCCCAGACAGCAGACCAAGUAUUCACUGGACGGCGGUGUCCCGAGACUCUAGUUCAUAUUCUGCAGAAGUAAAUCAGUUUUCACCAACUGAAAUGUCUCGCUUUGAAAGUAGCAAACAUGAUUUGUAUGUUAACUUAACUUUAAUUUCCUGUGUAGUUUAUACCCAAAGCAGGCACCCAUAAAGUAUGAAGUAAAAACUUUCAACCAUUAUUAAAAAGAGAACUCGCCAAGCUAAAUGGCAUUGUUUUGAACUUAUUCUAAAAGGUUACAGCUAGCCCACUUAAGCAAAACUCAGAGAGUUCAAGAUUCAUAAAAAGGGCAUUUUUGUCUCUUAAGUUGUGUGAUUGUAUAAAGAUCACCACCCUAAAUCUUCUUAUAUCUUUCCUUUUCCAUUGGAAAAAAUAUUAUUAACUCUCUGUGAAGGAAACAUGUUCUCUUUAAAAUAGUGUCACAGCUAAAUGGAAAUAUACUAAGUAAACAUUCAUGGUAAAAUAAUCUACAGUAAAAUAUUUUUACAAAAAUCCUCUCUUUUAAGGAUUCCCUUUGCUUCUUCCUUUGAAUUCUCUGAAAUAGGCAGCUCCCAGAACAUAUACUCCAGGGUUUGGCUUUGUGCUCCAUGUGGUUUUGCAUUUUGCUGUAUUUCAAAAAUGUCCUUCUGUUAAAGGAAAAUAUUGUGGAUAACCACAGGCGUGUUCUUAGAUCAGCACAAGCCGUGUCAGAGAAAAUGGGAGAUUCUUUUUCCAAGUUCCUUUCCCCUGAUCCUAUGCAGUCAUAAACAAUGGCACUCGUCCUCUUUGGCCCUUGCUCUCAGUAUAAUCACACAGUUUCACUGUCCCAACUGUAUCUCUUUGUGGGUCUAUUUUUCUUCUAGUUAUUCUAGUUCGAGUGAUUUCUGAUGAGACCUGCCCUCUCCUGGAAUUUCAGUUGUUGUGUUAGAGAAUAUGUUUAUUUUGCUACAGUGUGGCAUGCUUAGCAUUAAUGCCUUUUCCCAGAGUUUUGCAUCCCGCUAAAGGGAGGUGUCAAUGUGAAUGAAGCGGGUGUUUACAGUCUGAAGUACAGUGUUCCUAUCCAGCCGUAAGGUGGGAGUGUAGCUCAGUGAGCUUCCUGAGUGUUUUCCAUUCCACUUCAGGUCUGUUGUAACUUCCUCCGAACCCUGAUAUGGUCUGUGUGAUAGAUGGAACUUCGUCAUGUCUAGCAUAACAAAAUAAAAUACACAGCUUUUUAGGAAUUGGAAAAAUAAACUGUCUAUUUGAUAGGUCAGUCUAUUUUAUUAUCACAUGCUAAAUCUUGCAUGCUUAUUGACUAAUUUGGAAUAAACAUUUACUCAACUAUGGACAGAUUAUUGAAAUAGUAUUAAUUCAGAACAGUAUAUUGCAUUUCCAGAAAUCAUCUACCCCAAAUUACUCUCUGAUUAUUGCUUUUAUCGAUAGCUGUGUUUUAUAACAUAGAAGAGCAGUGGGGUCUGUUUAUUAACAAAUGGCCUGUGUGUUCAGAUAUAAAUUCAUCUAUUCCAAAACAUUGUCAUGAAACCAGUUUCUGAUUUAGGAUUAAAAUUUUAGGAUUAAAAAGUAGUGCUAUAGAUUAAUUUUAUGGCUUUUUAGUAUAGCAUCAGUCAUAAUUCUCAAUUACGAAAUGGGACCUAAUACCAGUAUGUGGUCAAUGUUGAUGUUUUCCGUGUACAAACACCUUUUCUAUGCAUGUGUCUUCAUGUGUAACAGUAUACACACAGUUUGUUUCUGUAAGUACCUGUAUUCUGUGCCCCUUUGGAUAAGUAGGUUUAAAAGCCCUUGUUAAAAUGCCACAAGCAUGAGUGUGAUUGUAUGUGCACUGUAUGUAUGUGUAUGGGUAUAAAUAUGUAUGUAUAUAUGUGCUUUGUAUGUGUGGAUCUGAAUCUAUUUUUUAAACUGUGCUAAUACAAGAGGUAGCUUUGGAGAGUCUGCCAUAAUAUGUAACAACAGUGGUCCAUUUCUCAGACAGUAUGUGAGGCAUACAAAAUUUUAUCCAGAUUGUAUUCAUGCUGAGAGGCACAAAGUUAAGAGAUACCAUGACAAUAUGCUGGAAUAACAUCGACAGGCAUUUGUAUCUAAAUCACAGCAUUGCUGUCUAAGAAGAAAUAACACCUGGAAACCUACCUUUAAGAUCUCUAAUUAUCCUUAGGUUGCUGAACUGACUCUUAAACAGCUAAGUUGGUCUACAUAGUCAUAUUUUCUUUCUAGCAAAGAAAUAGAGGGAUACAGUAAUGUAAUAAAAGCAGUGGAUCUCUCUGAAUAAAUUGGCUAAAAAUGCAGAAGAGACAUUUUUAAUAUUUUGGAGAUAGGUCACCGAUCCCGUUUUUCAAGUGAACACUUUUGUAUUUGGAAUUUGAAAUUAACAGGAAUCUCCUUAACAUUGAGACUAAAUCGUACAUACAUAAAUCUCUAUUUAUGGAACUCAAUGAAAGGAGAUACUAUGUGAAACUCAAAGCACGAGAUUUGUACCAUUUCACCCAGAGGACUGCUAGCUCUGAACUGAGAGUUGAAUGUGAAGCUAGAUGAUUUUCAGAGAAACAAUUGUGAGUUCACUCAAUCACUCAGUCCUUUCUUAAAAGCUCAAAUGAGUCUUCUAGGUAAUCUUAAGUCAUCCUGUCUAGUUGGUGUGUUUAAAAUUAUGUGGUGCUCUGUAUUCUGAGCUUUAAGACUAUUUUUGAAGCAUAUGUAGUAUAAGCUUUGCUCUCGGUAUAUAUGUGUAAGAAUGUGUGAAUGUGUGAGAAUGAGAGAGGGAAAGCUCAAGGACAGUCUCUUGUUUGUCUCAAGACCUGUUCAUUCUGGUAUGUUCCUGAGACCUUUCACUUCUCUGAUCUGGGUUUCUCGCCUGGAUCAGCUCAAGGCAUCUAUUUCUCUAAUUUUCAUCCUUGAAUCCCUCCAAUUUUGCUCAUUAUGUAAUGUUUUGAAAGUUAUGGUAAAAAUUACUCUGUCUAACCUCUUGCAUUGUCUACUGCCAAUGUGAUAAAAAUUAUUCCUGCCAACCAGAAACUUCACCAUGACUGCAGUGGAGUUGGAUUUCACGUGUACAGUCUGUGUUUUUGCUUGCUUGUCUAUGUUAUUUUUACUCCCCCUUUUAAAUCAAAUUCCUCUUUUGCCUUUUUAUGAAGAAGCAGUGUACAGAAGCAAAAUCUUGUCUCUGCUGUUGUCUUUGAUUAAUUUGAGCCAGAAUACUUUCCACUGUCUUCUUGGCACUUUGGGGUUUCUGAAUGCUGGUAUAUGGAUGGACUCUGCAAUGGAAAAUUCGAAGCCAUUUCCUAAAGCCUGUAUCAGUCGUGAAGGUCACAUGUACCUGUUGUGAAAAUGUGAAGCUGUAUUUCUGAACCUGAAAUAAAUGAUAACAUUUGAAGGA